AGCUCUCACUCUUAGCCUCCAGCAGUUCUGUAAAAUUGCCAUUUAAAUCUUGCUGGUAGUGCAUGACUGCAGUGACUUCUUUGUUCAGGACUGUGCAAUCAAUUACUUGGCGUGUCUACUUCACUUCUUUUAAGUGAAGAACAGCAUCCAGGCAGCAUGAGUGAUCGGAGUGCUUUAGGUCAUCUCCUGGACAAGGUGUACGCACAUUCCACAGCUGGAGGGAAGGUGUGGCUCUCAGUCCUUUUCAUUUUCCGAAUCUUGCUCCUGGGUACAGCGGUUGAGUCAGCCUGGAAUAAUGAGAAAUUUGUCUUUCGUUGUGACACUCGGCAACCGGGUUGUGAAAGUGUCUGCUAUGACAAGUCUUUUCCAAUCUCUCAUUUGCGCUUCUGGGUUCUGCAAAUCAUAUUUGUGUCUGUGCCCACACUGUUGCACCUGACUCAUGCGGUCUGUGUGAUACGAAAGGAAGAGACUCUGAAAAAGAAGGAGGAAUUCAAAGUGUCCCAAACAGGUGGAGUCAACACAGAGAUGCAUUUGCAGGAAAUUGGAAAACAGAAAGUGAAGUACGGUAUUGAAGAACGUGGUAAGAUAAAAUUUCGAGGACGCUUGCUGCAAACUUACAUUAUCAGUAUAAUCUUUAAAUGUAUUUUCGAGGUGGCCUUCCUGCUGAUCCAGUGGUACCUCUAUGGAUUCAGUGUGAAAACAGUUUAUGUUUGCAAAGGAGAUCCCUGCCCACAUAAAGUAGACUGCUUUCUCUCUCGCCCUACGGAGAAAAACAUCUUCAUUAUCUUCAUGCUGGUGGUGUCCUUGGUGUCUCUUGCCUUAAAUAUCACUGAGUUAAUCUGUGUCAUAGUCAAGAGCAUUAAAGAUCAUCUGAAGGAGCCAAAUGAUUUUUGCCACAUUACAAGUGGUCAGGGGAUCACCCCCAAAGACAAAGAUUCUGCACAACAUGCUUAUUUCAAUUACGGCUUCUCGCCAGAUGUUUCAUUCUUGUCUGUGUCUUCUCCCAGGGCCAUGAUGCUUACUGGAGACAAAAAUGGUUUGUUCUGCUCUAGUGAUGACAAAAAGAGAAGUGUGCAAGGUUGUGCUAAUUCCGGUGCUUAUCGAAGUCCAAUGGUACAGGCUGGAGGCACCCUCUCUAGCUCUUGUGAACAGCCUUUUAACGUCUCUGGUGGUAGCCAGAAGUCUAAAUAGCUUAACUACUAACCAUUGGGGUCCACACCCUUCUAUCAGGGCUUGCAGUGAUAUCCACAGCAGACCCCAGCCUAGAUCUCUUGCAACUGUGAGAGAAACGAAACGGUGCAGUAGAAAGUACACCUUUGUUCAGCAGAAAUGAUACUCGGCAGGAUCAGUAAUGAGGCUUAGCAGAUGUAGAUACACUAGAGAGAUUAGAGGAAGUAUUUAAAGUAAGUGAUUUGAAGAACUUAAAUUCUAAAUAAAAGUAGAAUUAAAUGAUGCAGACAUCAGGGUGAUUCCCCCCACCCACCCAC